CAAUUCUACUCUAAAACUGCGUGUGGUAAAGCACAAGGAUUGCUCAUUACAGCAAUUUUAACUAGUCCUAAUACAUUACCGCGGUUAAUGCGGCUGGUAUUAUGGCUUUUUGUCGUAAUGGGUCACGCUCCGGUCUUGCUUACAACAAAACAUCACGUCACUGUCAGCUGGCGUGAGACGAUGGAUAUCUUGUAAAACGAUAUGCCGUUGAACUGGCGCGGACGGAGCGAACUAAUGGGCCUACGAAUCGGCAGAUCAUGCCUUUAGAUCUGCUUACAUAGCGAAUUAAUAGCUAGACUUGAGGCCGGUUGCGUGUUUCAUCGUCGAAUUAUCGCCAAGCGCAACUUUGAUAAUUCACGGGAAAUGAAGGCAGACACGGAAUUACUCUACGAUUCAAGAUGAACGUACAGUCGUUGAAUAUUGAUGUAGAGCCUCUAUACAAGGAUUACCUUAGAAAAAAACUCAGGAAGAACACAUGGAAAGAGUACUGGGUCGUGCUUAGAGAGCACAGUCUGUUAUUUUUCAACUCUAGUGAUGCGAAGUUUGCCGGCAGUAUCGAGCUAACACAUGGUACUUCGUGUGCCGUCUUUGGUACACAAAACAAAAAGCCAGGAUUUUGGAGUAUAUCUCCAAUGGAUAAAUCUGUGAAUUACAAUAAAGGAGACUCUGGGCUGCUCACCAGGAUAUUAGAGAAAGGAUGCCUAAAGUUUGCGUUGAAGACGAAGCGAGGAAUUCAUCUGUUCAAGGCAAGCUCGGCAGAGUCGUGUUGUACCUGGAUGCGUGUGCUUAGGCAUACUAUUGAUGAAUACGGCUUGGUCGAACCUUCUGCGAAAAUUACCAAUAGAUUGGCCUUAGCACACGAAAAUAUAAGUACAUUGAACCUUAUAACGCCCGAAUUACACGAGACUGAAAGUGAUAAUCAAAUCGAACCGUAUAAGCAAUUCCAGAGAAGUAAAUCAAUGCGGGAGAAUUCUAAAUCAUCCUUCAAGCGGGGACGAUUUCACUCCCUUCGCAUUAAAGCCCAGCGUAAAUAUUCUGCGCUACAAGAAAGCUAGACGCUCAAAACAGACGGAAUAACACAAACAGUUGCUUUUAAUAGACAAAUAACAUGUUUAGAUUGAGACUGGUGAUUUGAAUGGUGUUCUCUCUAUCGUGGAAGAAUAAUAUUUCUCACUUUUAGUGCGAGACAUAAUCGACUCUGUCACGCUCUGUUAUCAAAGUCACGCGAUCGAUGAAAUACUUUGAUCUCUAAGAUAUUCCUUUCUCCAUCAAGGCAAAGCUAAGCUAAAUUUACUUCAGCUUUUCGGAGAUGAAAUUUAUUUUUUUUAAUUAUGUAGCUUUCGUUUCUCAAGAUCUGAUGUAAAAACAUUUUAGUUCCAGACCGAGUUCCAGACCUUUAUAAAAUGAAUUUAUUUUCCGCGAGUCCCGGUGGCACGUGAGUGCGUUAUCUUUGGUCAUCAUGUUUUUACAUAUAAAAUGUGCCAAGCGAUGAUUUUAUAUUGAAUUGUGUUUGUCCCCAACGCAAGACUGGCGCCAUGUUCUCCUAUGCCACUGGGACUCAAGGAAGAAACAAAUAUGUUAAAUAUUAAACGAGAAAUUUAUAAUAUAAGAAUAUUGAUCAAAGAAAUCAUAUGGAUUGUUAUUUAUGAAUAGUUAUUAUUUUAGAAAAUUAAACCAUAAUUUAAAAUCUUCAA